CCGCAUACUCACUGCUGCAGCCAAUCCAGCACUAAAAAAUAUUGGACGGCGACCUAAAGUCACCACAUCAAUCACUGGCAAGAAAAAGGUACCAAUGCGACCAAGACGUUUUGGCUAUCAGCAUGCACCAUGCACAUACCCCUUGACAGGACAUUUGAUGAUUGCCUCAAAGGUCCCUGCUUUAAGCCAUUGGGUCCCGCUCCUCAAUUUCUCUUUCCCUUCAGCUCCACACCGUUUGCUGUCAAGUUCAUCAUGUGCAUGCGUGCUGAUUGUCCCAAGUGCAGUCUCCUGGUGGGGUUGUGGGAGACACAUACCUGCUACCAUGGAUAAGGUCCCUAGAGAUCAGAGAUGCACCUGUGGGCCGCCACUGGAGAUUGAUGGCAAGAUGUAUCCUCCAAAGCCUCCAGGCUUGUUUACCGACUGCUCUGUGUCAUGAUCACACCAAAUCCAUCACGACUACACGGCCUGACAGGAAAUACUCUCAUUCUCAUUCUCGUUUCCUCUGUACAUUUGCUCUCACCAAUUAACUUCUAAUACUGGUCUGGAUGUAUCAACUUUGUUCAUGCGAUU